AUGUUUACAGGUAACGGUAUCAAACUAUUCUCCGGCACCAGCCACCCUGAGCUCGCUGAAAUCAUAGCACGGAGGCUUGGGAUCACGCUUAGCAGAGCGGAAAUUUCACAGAGCGGUAUUGGCGAGACCAGCGUACGCAUCGUAGAGUCCGUACGCGAGGACGAUGUCUACAUCAUCAAUACCGGCUGCGGACGAAUCAACACCGCGCUCAUGGAACUAUGCAUCAUGGUGCACGCCUGCAAGAUUGCCAGCGCGAAACGCAUCACCGCUAUCAUUCCCUUGUAUCCAUAUGCGCGGCAGGACAAGAAGGACAAGAGUCGCGCACCCAUCACCGCGAAACUUGUAGCGAACAUGAUUCAGAAGUCGGGCUGUGACCAUGUCAUUCUUUACGCAGAGCCUUCCGCUAUCCAGUAUAUCCGGAGCAAUUUUGACCUCUCAGAGAUCGUGAUUGUCUCACCCGACGCAGGCGGUGCAAAGCGUGCGACGUCGAUAGCAGAUCGGCUGGGCGUCGACUUCGCGCUGUUCCACAAAGAGCGCAAGAAGGCAAACGAGGUCUCUCGCAUGAUCCUGGUCGGUAAUGUAAAAGACAAGGUUGCGGUUCUCGUCGACGAUAUGGCCGACACGUGUGGGACGCUCUGCCUCGCCUCACAUCACCUGUCGGAGGCCGGUGCUUCGAAAGUGUACGGCCUGGUGACGCAUGGUAUCCUGAGCGGAAAUGCGCUGAAGUCCGUUGAAGAGAGCGCUUUGGAGAAGCUGAUUGUCACCAACACGCUGCCGCAGCAAGAGAACGUGGAGAAAUGCAAAAAGAUUGAGGUGAUUGAUAUUGGCAAUGUCCUCGCCGAGGUGAUCAGGAGAAGCCAUUACGGAGAGAGCGUGUCGAAGCUGUUUGACGAGGUUCCAUUUUAG